GCGAUAGGCUGUGCGAUCCUGUUAAAAGUUUCUCUUCCUGAUCACGGGUCAGUUUCGCUUUCCGUUCUACCUGCUGUCAUCGGCCGAAGACGAAGCAGUCGUCAGAACAGGACAGGACACCGCCACAGAGGAACACAACAAGUAUAUUUUAGUUCACUUGAGACUGUGACCAGCCUUUAUUUGGACUUUUAAGCCGAAAUUGUCACCUUUAAGUCGACUGCAGGAAGUGUGUUGGAUGCGGACAGGACUUCAACAACGCGACCUGAAAAGGCCGAUCUAUGGAUUCUGAAGUUAAAACGCGAGACAAUCUGACAGAGGCUGAGGAUCUGGCCCUCUCUCUGAGUGAAGCCCUGUGCAGCGGGGACGGACAGGAAGCAGCCACACUGUGCCAGACACUGUCCCAGCUGUCUGUGCCAGUAUCUGUCAGCAUCAACACUCAGGCCUACCCUCAGGACUCCAUCAGGUUGUGGGUUGGAGUGGAGGAUGCUCAGUCAGAAAACUACAUCCCAGUGACUGUCGAGGUCUCUCUUUACAUCACAAUAGCACAACUGAAAGAAAAGAUCUGCGACGACUUCGGCUUUGCCCCGGCGCUGCAGCGUUGGGUGAUCGGCAAGCGUUUGGCUCAGGACCGGGAGACGUUGUACAGCCACGGUGUCCGUAAGAGCGGAGACAAGGUCUUCCUGUUUAUCCUCUCAGCCCAGGCUGCUCAUCUAACACGUCAACAACACAAACUGGACCAUGAGCAACAACGCAUAGAGGGCAUCAUGGAGUCGAUGCAGUCGAUGCAGCUUUUAGCCAGAGGCCUUGGUGCAGUAGGUGGAGAGAAGCUGGCUCCUCCUCCUCCGCUUCCUCCCAAACCCCCGACUGUUAAGAAACCUGCUGUGCUCCCAAAACCUCAGAUGGGCUGGGCCUGUGUAGCUUGUACGUUUGUGAACAAACCCACACGUCCAGGCUGUGAGAUGUGUGGUGAGGAACGACCCAAGGAUUACUUUGUGCCUAUCAUCUACCAGCCGGACCAGCAGGAGGCUCUGCGGAUUCAGCAGGAACAGCUGGCCAUGCUGCAGUACGAACAGGCUCAGCGGGAGGAACGUGAGAGGAACUAUCUCUACCUGUUGGCAACAGAAGACCUGAACCUCAUCUCCAACACCACAGAGACGGAGUGUCCCAUCUGCUUCUCCCCCCUGCAGCCAGAGGAGGGCGUCGUGCUAAGAGAGUGUCUGCACACCUUCUGCAGGGACUGCCUUAAAGGGAUGAUAGUGAACAGUCAAGAUGCUGAGGUGUCGUGUCCUGACAACUGUGAGAGCAAGCUGCUGGACCGAGAGAUCAAAGCGCUGCUCACAGAUGAAGAGCACCAGCGCUUUUUGGAGUUGCGUCUGAUCAUCGCGGAAAGCCGCUCGGAGCACAGCUUCCACUGUCAGACCCCCAACUGUCGAGGGUGGUGCAUCUACGAGGACGAAGUCGACGAGUUCCACUGUGAACUCUGCAAUGCAACAAACUGCAUCCUCUGCAGGGCCAUUCAUGACAACAUGAACUGUAAGGACUAUCAGGACGACCUGCGCGUCCGAGCGGAGAACGACCAGGCGGCUCAGCAGACCACUCUCAUGCUGCAGACCAUGCUACAGAACGGUGAGGCUAUGAAAUGCCCACGGUGUGAUGUCAUCGUCCAGAAAAAAGACGGCUGUGACUGGAUCUGCUGUUUGAUGUGCAAAACAGAAAUCUGCUGGGUCACUAAACAAGCUCGCUGGGGACCAAAUGGCAGUGGGGACACAUCUGGGGGAUGUGGAUGCCGAGUCAAUAAUCAGCCGUGCCAUCCCAACUGCCAAAAUUGCCACUGAGGGAAGAACACUAAUGAACGCCAAUGCAAGCACCUGCACUGUCUGAAGAAAUGCAUAACUCGGCUUGGGCUUAGGCUGCUAGCUUAAUGCUGGCUAUAUGCAGGUCUUCUUUUGGUUUACCUUAGUCAACCUAAUCUUAGUCAUCUUUUCAAUGUGGUAACAGCCUUCUUCUGCAAGUUAUUCAAUUGUAAGAAAACCAGCCUAACAGGUAUCACUCCUGUUGUUCUCCCCCCUUUGGCUACUACUUUUUAACUACCAGUAAGAUUGAGACUAAUGAAUUGGUUGGUGAGUGUUUCUACUACUCAUUAUGUAGUCUUACAAUACACACCAGAAUGAAUACCUUCUUUUUAAUUUAACUGAGCAGAAUUGUUUGAGAACUUUAAACAGUGUACGUACAGUAUAGUUUACCAUUUUUGCUUGACGAAUGUUUAGGAUUAUUAUUUUGUUGUCAGUUAUUAUAGCAAUAUAUUGUCUCUCAGUCAAACUAAUCUGACUGUGGUGAAGGAUGUUUACAUUGAACCAAUGUGUUCUUAAAGCAGAACAAGCUUCUCUUACGCACCUAAAGACUUUGAAGUAUCAGGCUGACCAAUGGCACAAAGAACGAUGCUGUAUCGUCUUCAUGUUUUAAGCUCUAUAUCAGAAGUUAUUUUUAGGGCCCGACCGAUAGGGAAUUUCUGUGUCAGAGAAGGGUACCAGUAUUAGGAAGAAACUAAUUCUAAUACUGGGGUUAGGGGUUAUAUAUCGACCGAUAUCUUUUUUUGGAUCUUCGGUCUUAAGAGAUGCUGUUAUCCAAAGAGCCGAAGAUUUUUUUUCUUCAGUUAAACAAAAACCUAGUUACCUAUUUUAAUAAUAAAUAUAAACCUAGUUAUAUCAGCAAAUAUUGGAGAUAAAAUUAGCCAAUACUGAUAGUCAUGUGAUGUUUUAAUAUCGGCCAGACGAUGAAUCGCUCGGGCUCUAGUUGUUGUCAUGUGUUCAGGAGUAUAAUGCUCUAUUGAUUACACAGCAUAUUUUGUGUACGCCCUAGAAGACUUGAGUUGCUCUUUGGUGUUUUUUUCUGGUGACAGUAUUGCAUGGCAGGCCUUAUUCUAACAAUGAACAGUGAAAUAUGCAAACAUGUAGCUUAAAGAGCAAAGGAUCCUACAAAGACAGCUGACAGGGUACCUUUAAGGCAACUUAAGCCAACAUAGUGAAAUGUUAAACUAAAUCUUCUAAACGUCUGUCUAAAUGUGUGUAAAGCAUUGAAUUUAUUACCGUAAAGCAACAAAUGAACAUUGUGAGAACCAAGGACGUUUUUAUCUGCAUGGCUGGAAGACUUGACAGAUUUGCACUUCUUAUCUGGUGGGAGAAAGCGAGAGGAGUGAUGUCUACUUAUCUGGAGCCUCCUUUCUUGUAGGAGUCAGAGAUUGAGUUCCGGCAGAACAGGUGUGCAUCAGUUGUACCUUUUAUGUGAAGUUCAAUUGCAUUUGAUCCUGUUUUUACAUUUAUAAACAAUCGCAGACCUGUAUGUUGUUUGGAUUAUGGGCCAAUCGGGAAGCUUGUAACCCAUAAGAAUGAGUGUCACAUGUAACGUUUAAAAAGUGAUGCUGGAACAAAUGUCUUCUUUUUGCACUCUGUAGCCAAACCUUUGUAUUCCUCUUUUUUUGUAUUUGUGUUUUCUUCAAUCUGGAGUAUAAAAUAUUUUGCUUUAUAUGGAG